UGUGUUGUGUUUGUGUUUUGUGUUGGUUUUAAAUUUAAAUAAAUUGUUUGAAAAAAACGUCGCCUUGACAACGGAAUUAAUUUUUUUUAUAAACGAAUUUUAUCAUGGAUUUAGUAUGAAUUGCCUGAAUAAUGGAUGAAACUGAAAAAAAUCUACCUCAUACAUCUGAUAUUCACAAUGUCCUUCCGGACGUCGUUCAUUCUAAACAGAUCGCUACUUUGGAGAGUGAAGAUAAAGUAAUUGAAAUAAAUAGGGAAGAUAUAAUUCAGGUAUCACAAUUAAACCCGACAGAUUUGGAUUAUGUUAGUGAAGCGGAAUCUGUUUCAGAGCAAAUUCCUUCUAAUGUUGAAGAUUCGAUUUCUGAGUCUGAUGUGGAGCAGUCACAAUCUCGCGAUUUCCUUAGAGUACCUACAGAUCAUGAACAAACACAAAAAAAUGCGUCUCCUCAUUUACAAAUAUCAAAUUCUCCUAGCAUUAGUCCCAGUGCUCAGCAGCAAAAACAAACUACAUCAUGGCACUAUGAUACAGAGUAUUCUGAUUUUCACAUAAGUAAUGAAAGCCCAGUGAAUCUGCCAUUGUCAUCUGAUACAUCAAAAGAAAUACAUAGAGAAAAAUCUGACUCUAACUCAGAUGAAAUAGAAUCUCCAAAAAGUUUCUCAGACUCAUUAAAUGAUAAUGUAAAAUUGAAAACCAACUCAAAUAGCAGUGCAGGGAAUUCAAGUACAAGUAUUAAAACUGAAGGUGACAAGAGUUUAAGUUCAGAAGAUGUUAUAAAGCUAGAUAUAAGAGGAAAGGGUGCUCCAAGAUUCCCUUUAGAGUCUGCAAAAAUAAUAUUUGGCCCUCCACCUGAUUGUGCAACUAUUAUUAGCUCUGAGCCUUGUACUAUUUUUCCUGUUAUAACACCAUUAACUACAGAAGCAAUCAAAAUAAAAGAAAUAUUUGACUCUGAACUUGGCAACACUUCUGAGGGAGUUAUUGUAGAAGAAAUUUCAAAUCAAGCAUCUAAGGAAACAUCUCCAGAUAAAUCCUUAGUUAGCGAUACCAGUGAGAAAGAACAAGAUGUGUUGAUUGAAGAAGUCACUAUUGAUUAUGUUAAAGAAAAAAAGGAUGACCACCUGAAAUCUUUUAUACCUGACGAGACUUUGUCUUUAAGCACUAUGACAACUGACUACAAAACAAUCUGUGAAGAAUAUACUGUGAAGCUUGUGCAUUUGGAAGAAGCUAUAAACCAACGAGAACAGCUUAUUGAAGAAUUGACAAUCUCAUUGCAGCAAUCAAACAAUGAACGCGAACACCUUAAACAUGAAAAUAUGCAUCUCUGCUCUGAAGUUCAGACACUGCAACAUGCUGUUGCAGAACACUCACAAUCUGACCAUGAUACAAUUAAAGGACAACUUUCUGAUUUCGUUAAGUAUCAAGCUAUGCUUAAGGAUGACAGUACUAAAUUUUACUCUGCUGUUAUGAGUGGGACGACAUCUCUACAAAGUUCAAAUGGCGAAAAGGACAUGGACCGUGAGGAAAUAACAGUAAAUCACUCUAAGUCAGAUUUAAAGUCCGGUUCAGGAUCUGAAGACUUUCAAACGGGCUUUGAAAAUAAGUUGUCCAUAUUGCUUAAUAAAUUUGGCGGUUUUAUAGAAGAUAAUUUAAGAAACAAAUUGCGGGAAAGCUUGAUAUCGGUGCUCUGUGAUGAAAUCGGAAAAAUGCGGUUGGAGUUUGAGACGGAUGUGAGGGAGUUAGAGAGUCAAUUGAAGCAGAAUGAACAAGAAUAUGCCUCGGAAACUCGACGGCUUAGAGAUUUGCUAUCUUCCGUAAAAGCCGGCAAUGCAAAUAUAGAUGAACUUAGGAAAGAGUAUGAGAAGGAAAUGCAAGAUUUACGAACUUUUUUUGAAGAGAAAUGUUCUGAUAUAAAACGAAGCUAUUCAGAAGAAGUUUGGCGCGAUCGUGCCUACGUGUCUGCGGGAUCCUCGGAGGAUGAGGUCGGUGGGGGAGACGCAAGGAGACGAACACGAUCCGCUGAGCUUCCAUCGUCACGCAUAGAGACAUCGACACCAAUGGAAUUGACGCAACGACAAACGAACAAAAAGCUCGAACAGCAGUUGGAAGAGUUGAAAACUGAACAUUUGCAGUAUAGUAACGAACUGCAAAUGAGACAUAAAGAGGAAAUUGCGUCUUUAGAAGAACAGAUAACCCAUUUGAAGGCUCACAUACAGACGGCGGAGAAUACGGAAGGGAACUUUUCAUUCCAACAGGAUAUCGACUCGGAACUAGAAAAGGGCCACAUCGAAAGGAUUCGCGGAGAGAUGGUUCGGCAGCUGCAAGACCAGCUGCAGGUGCUGCUAUCGGACCCAGACGCGGAGUUGACCAGUUGGCCAUUGGAGCUGGUGGUCCUGAGGGACAAGAUUCAUGCUGAUAAAACGCAAGAGAAUGAGUUGUCGAGUCUCCGUGACGAGGCAGUCGGGGAGUCAGACAAAUGGCGACAGAAAAGGAACUAUAGCUUUGAUCAGAAUAGACAGUUGGAAGAGGUUACCAAAGAAAGGGACGGCCUAAAACGUGUGGCAGACGCGUUGCAACGCGCAGUAUCACAAUUGGUUGCGUACUGCGCCAGCGCCGAGGAUGAACUUAACCGCACUGUGCUGGCACAUCUGCUUCCUAAGUUGCUACCACAUGACUCCACCAUAGAGGAUUCGCGUCCCGCAACACCUGACUUGAGUGUGAGCUUGGUCUCCCGUGGAAAACACGUACAUUUUGCACCCGACCUUGAUUCCAUACUCGGUUCCCUGGACGAGGAAGGUGUCCUGGGUUUCUUGCAGCAGCAAAGGGAUCUCAGUGCCGAGCUGAAGUUGGAAUUAGAACAUUCUCUCAAGAGGUUACGUCACGAGGCCCAGGAAUUGUUGGACUUGUCUAAUAAAUUGGCUAUAAAUAAGCAAAACGAUGAACAAAAGAUGUUGGAGGCAAGCGAAGUCCAGAUCUCUGAGCUGGUCGAAGAGCUGGAGCGAAAACACCAGCGAUGUGACAACUGUGAGAUGCAGAGAAAGAAUAUGGAGGAGGCGAUGUCUGAUUGUCUGCAACGGGAAAAUCUACUCCGAUCAGAUCUAGAUUCGGCCAUGAUGAGGAUCGCUCAACUGAUGAACCUCGCCGACAGACCGCAGAGUGACGACAUCGUUGAGGGCUACGGCACGGGCGGCGUACGCGCAUCCUCCCGCGGCACGGGCUGGUGCUCGCUGGACGACGCGCUCUCGCCCAGACACAACCACCACGAGUUCGAGGCUCUGCUCAAGGAGAGGGACGAUCUGCAACAACAGCUGGAAGCAGCAAACCGUCAGCUGAAGUCCACCCGUCAGUUCGUGGAGGAGCAAGCGAGCGAGCGCGAGGCCGAGCGCGACGAGUUCGCCAAGAGGCUCGCCGAGCUGAGGGACGACAACGCCAGGCUCAGCACUCGGCUGCAGAGCAACGCCAGGAUCAUGAGCGAGAUCCGCUGCUUACGACUCUCACAGUGCAACUGUCGUCAACACGAUGCACAUGUGGAGCAAUUAGAAAAUCAGACGCGUGAAAUGAACCAAAUAAUAUCAGAAUUGGAGACGAAAAAGACUGAAAACGACAAAGACCUCAAAGCUGCCGCAGAAGAGACGGUUCUAUUACGCGACAUCAUCGCCAAGCUCGAAGCUCAGCUGGAACAGAAAACAAUCAGAGAAACUGAAAUUCUGGAACAAUUGGAAGAAAUGAAACGCACGAUAGACGAAAGAGAUAGCAAGAUGAGGACUGUCCUCGGUGAACUGGAAUCGUUGAGGAGUGAAAGAAUCGACAUUAGCGAUGUUACGUGCGUGAGGUGUGCGCAAGAAGAGGACAGAUAUACCGAGUAUGUGGAGAAGAUCCAGGAACAGGCCUGUCGGUUAGAAGAACACUUACACCGUCGCACGCGCAGUUUGGAACGCAACCAUGAAAUUUGCUCUCAACCCACUUCAGAACCAAGCGAAGAUGUUUCUAUACGCGACCAAAAGGUGCUGUCUCCGGACGGCGCCAGUCCGCGUAUCGAGCGUCUAGCGGAGCUGACCCGCGUGUGGGAAGGUAUCGAAGCACUCACGCGAGCUGAAGACGCAGUGCUCAAGAGGGUCAGAGACCUGGAGAUGCAACGGGCGACGCUCAAUGACAUCGCUCAGGAGGUCCGUGCGGAACGCGAUGUCCUGCAGGCCCGUAUGUCAGAGCAGGCGCUGAAGAUAUCAUCCCUGUCUGCUCGUUUGCAGCAGCAUAGGAAUGAUGCGGAGGCUCUCGCUCAUACUGCUUCCAGCCAGCUCAGCGUCCAACUCCAUGAUGCACAGGCAGAGGUUCAAAGACUAAAGGAAGAGCUGGAAUCGCGGGACAAACAAUUAUCUAGACUGAAGCAAAACCUUGACGAAAAAGACAAGCUUGGCGAUUCACGUGUCAUAUACGGGAAUUCUUGUAAUCCCAAAGACAAAGUGAUAAUUCUUGAACGCGAAUUGUCCACUGCGCAGGCGCGUAUCGCUCAGUUAGAGGACAUUGCAUCUCAGUUGCAGGUGGAAAAUGAAAAGCUGCAAAACGAACAAAAGGAGCAUCACGCUCUGCUUCUGGAUAAGGAGGAACAACUCAAUCAGAUUAUGGCUCUCAAAUUGGAGGAAGAACCGAAUCAAAAAAGCGAUAAUGUCGAAGGAAAGACCUCGGGACGGACGCUCAGCGAUAUAGUAUCGAUUUCGGAUUACGAUGAGCAAGACCUACAGAUGCGUCGAGCGGAGCUGAAGAACCAAAACGCCAGCUUUACGGGCGCUCCACGAGAUAAAUUGCACAACAAGACGUUGCCCCCGGACGUGCAGAGGCCCAAUAUGAGUUCAUUGGACUUGGAAAACGUAGACAAUUUCGAGUUACAUACGCCUCGAGCCGAUUCGCUUCCGGUCAAUUUCACUUUUACCCCGAACAAAGAUAAAUUUAAAAGGAACGCUAAUGAAUCGACCGUGUUUGGAACGAUUGAUAGGUUCGGUGAUAACGUCAAACAUUCCACCGCACAGAAAAUAACCGAUAAUUGUUCGCUAUAUCCCAACCAAAACGCUAGUAUCAGUAACAAUCUUAGCGUUGAACCCAAAAAGAUAAACUUCUCGUUGGAGGCGUCGGACCAUAAGAGUCACGAAUUUACGUCUUUGGAAGAACUCGGCAUCACUGUAGAUAUGAAACAAGAGAACUUUCCCGAUAUUUUGUCGCAAUUGAAGCACGAAGUUAAAAAAUCCCAAACGGAACUGGCAAAUUGUAAAACGGAGCUCAAGAAUGCAGAAGAACAAUUGGGCGAGUUCCCAGCUUUAAAAGAAGAGGUAGAGGAAUUAAAGGGUUUGCUAGAGAACACGAUGACGACGAUGGAGAAGGACAAAAAUUUUUAUGAAACUCAAUUGAAAAACUUUGCAUCUAAUAAAAAUCUCUUGGAACAAAAACUUUCCGAAUUGAAUCGAGAGGUUAGCGAAAAGUCUAAAGAUCUGAACCUACUCAAAGAAGACAUAUUGAGGAGAGAAAACAUGAUUCUUGAAUUAGCAAAAGAAAAACGCAAUUUGACUAUGAAAAUAUCUGACUUGGAAGCCCGUAUAAACGAAUUGCAAAAUAAAAAUUCAGUUUUAGAAAAAAGUGAAGCUGAAAACCAACAAUUGAGAGAGAAAUUAAUUGAACUUGACAAACUCGAGCAACUUGUGUCCGAAAAGAACCAACAAAUUGACAGUUUAAAUCAACACCUCGACAGACUUGACGAUUUACAGCGACGCUUAAAUGAUAAAACUGACGAAGCGGCAACUCUGAAGGUCGCAUUAGAAAAAAAAUCAAAAGAAGUUUUCCAAGUACAAGAUUCUAUUCUCGGUCUGAACCGAGAUAUCACCAAAGUCGUCGAAGAAAACGAUCAACUCAAUACUGAGAACAAGGAGCUCAAACUGAAUCUGUCCAAACUAGAAAAAGAGCAAGAGAACGUAUCGCUCAAACUUAAGAACAGCGAAAGCGAACUCGAACGUGUCAACGGCUUAAACAAUGAUCUAACGGCGAAGAUCGAGGAACUGAAACUUUUGGCUGAACAGCUGAAAGAUAAAAACACCGAAAUAGAGAUAUUGAAUGAAGAUAUAAGCUCGUAUCACAAUGAGAUCGCGGCCCUCAAGGAGCAGCUAAAGAUGGCGUCGCGAAGCCCAUCCCCGAGGAGCAAGGACGGAGAAGAGAAACGAACCGGCGACAGGCAAGCCAACAAUGACAAGAAGCAACUCGCCAAGAUCAAAAAACAUAUAUCGCUGUUGCAACAUGAGCUAGACUUUAAUAAGAAGGAGCUCAACGACAAGGCCUUCGAGCUGGCGAAAGCGAAGUUAGACGUGACAGAACUGAGGAGCAACCUCAGUCAAGCCAACAAGAGGGCUGCAGAUCUGGAGGUGAAUCGAGUGCAGACGAUUUCUAGGAAUGAGGAUAUGGAAAAAGAAGUCAAGCAACUGCAAGAAGAGAAGCAGCAUCUUGCGCAACAACUGGAGAUGGUUUUGGCUAGGUUACGAGAAGAGGGCAACAUCGGCGAAUUGAAACAAAAGCUCAAAGACAAAGCGGAGCGGUGUCGAGAGCUUGAGACCGAGCUUGAGAACAUGAAAGAUCUCGUUGAGAGGCUUCGCGGUGGCCCCAUGUCUCUGAGCGUGGAGCAACGCGAUGGGGCUCGAUCUCCUACUGCGGAGCUGGAGAGGGCUUUGAGGCAGCAGGUUCACCACUCACGAACCUUGGACGAGGACAUCAUGGAACAGAUAUUAUCGGCCAGCAGCGACGACAGAGAAGAUAUUCCGCGUCUGGCUCUCGACUCGUCCAAGUCUUCCAGCGUGCAGUCGUCGUCCAGCGAGCGUUUCGGCCGCCUCAAGGCCUCGUGCGAGAAGUUGCAGAUGCAGGUGGACAACCUUCAGGCGCGGCUCGAAGAUAAGGACGCGCUCAUUGGGGAACUGCAAAGGAUAAGAGAGAAGCUGAGUUCGGAGUGCGAAGGUCUUCGGCUGCGAGAGGAAGCUCUCGGAGACAACUCUGCGAGACUUCAGCUGCUUCUCGAUGCCCAACAAGACACGGCCACGGCGCUGCAGAAACAAGACUCGAGUAUGAUUUCGAUGCUCAAGCGUCGUCUCGAGAGCGCCAUGAAGUCGGAAUUGGAGCUGAGAGACAAAGAGCAGCAGCUGAUGAACAGGAUUCAGCAUCUCGAAGCCAGGACCAAGGAUGACAACAAUGACGAUAGACUUGCCGUCGAGGUCGAAAACGUGGGUCGUCUAAAAGGUGAAGUGCGAGUGCUAAAGUCCAAAUUAGAGUUGGAGCGCACUCGGUACAACGAGCUGCAGUCCUUGAUCGAGCAGAUACGUGCGCAAGCGCAGAGGGAAGCAGAUGCCCGGACGCAGAUGUGUGCCCAACUUAAGACUGAACUCGCCGAACUUAGGAGGUUAAAGCACGAAAUGGGCGUGGAGUUGGUGAGGGCUAAAGAGCUGUUAAGCAUCCAGAACUCCGCCAUCUCGCAGCUCAAGCAAGAGCUGGCGGCCGUUCACAAGCUGCAGAGACCUGCGGAGCUGGACGACACCCGCUACCUGAUGGAAAGCCCUCGACCUCAAAUAGUCAGGACUCCAAUCUCCAACGACGAAAAAGAACACGCUAUCCGGCACCUCCAAAGCCGGUGUCUACGGCUAGAGAGCUGGCGGAAGGCGCUGGUGUGGCAGAAGAGAUAUUUGCAGAGAGUGGUGACCGGCUUCCAGGAGAUCGAGAGAAGUCUGACACCGGCCGGUCACGUUUCCCCGCAACUUUCGGGGAAAAGAAGAUUUAGGUGCAUAGUGCGCGUCGUAGUAACAGUGAUACGUAUGCAAUACCUCGUACGUAGACGCCACCACGUGCGAUCGGUGGCCGCCGCGUGCUUACUUCGGGACGUUCACGACGCGCCUACGCCGACACAGACGCACACUCCCACCCACGCACACACGUACAGCACGCCCCUGACCAAAACGCUCACGAGGGCGCGUGCGCUCAACUUGGGGACGCCCAUACGGGCCAGUCCGCUCGCGGCGGGCUUGCUCAGACACGGUUUGAUGGACUUGCCGCGAGACCACGAAGAUAACGAUCGCCGCUCAGGAUUCAACUCGCCUCGCGACGCGAGAUUCAUUCUCAGCUCUCCUCGAGGCGAAGCGGCUGCGGCGUACUUAAGUAAACUGGACGCCUUCGGCGGGCGCUCGGGACGGACCCUGGACGAGGACGCGCCCUGACCGAGCUGCUCUCCACUUUAGAGAUCCCUCCCGCUGGAACUCCAGGCCUUAUUACCUCUUAAAGCUCUGCAUUCAGACUAACCAGUUGCUCUCCAACUGUCACCCAUCGAUAAAACAAAGAUUAUUUAUUAAGCCCGACGUGGCCUCGACAGCGUGCUCCAACGUCACAUUUAGCGCUUAAGGUGCCUCAAUGUUGAGGCCCGGCCUCCAUCACAUAUUAGUUUAGAAUUAGUUUAGUGCCAAAAUUAGUUAUUGUGUAACUUAAUUUAUUUUAGUGUAUGUCGUUAUCCGCCUAUGUGUGCGUGUGAACGUUUAACUGUUUAACGGAACAGUCACGAUGAACUGCGGAUGCCCUGGAGGUAUUUUAUGUUUGGAUGAAGUCAUUGUGUCGAAGGUAGACUUCGGAUUGACCAAUUCGUAGAAAACAGUAGAGUGUGUACGGAACCUUAUUGUUUAUACGUUUUUAUAAGUUUUUUUUUUCAUAAAUUUUAUUAAGUUAUAUGAGCUAGUAGAUUCUGGAGAACUCGGUCGCGCGUGUAUAAACGCCCUAAAUAUUUUAGUGAUCGACGCACGAAAGUACAAGUUAGGUUAAGUCUCUCCGUUCUUUUUCUGACGAGUAGUUAACUCUGACCGUAGGUCGAGCUGCAGAACGGGGCUUCGGUCCGACCGACUCCGAGCGAAACAUUCUCGAACGUUCCACGAAAACCGACAUUUAUUUUUCAGUUAGCUUUAAGAUUUGUACAUUUUUAAUAUUUACGUUCCGGUACUUCCUAACUGGCAACAUUAACCGGAGACCUAUCGAACAGUUUGAACUCCUUACGUAAACUAAUAUGUCAAUUUAUUUAUUUUUAUUCAUAAAAUUAUUUGAUAUGACAAAUUGCCAUCGAAGUACCUUACACAAAUUCACCUUUGCCAUAAUUUUCCUAACAAUAGACAAUACAUAGAGUGAGCCAAAGCAAAAAGUAUUAAACGACUUUAUUGACAAUUGACAUUAUUUUGUUAUCUGUAUUCAACUUAGUUUAAUUACGAUGUGAAAUUUAGAUUAAGAGUUACGGAAUCCACCGCACAACCUGCGGCCAACUGUUUUCGUGACCAGGCUAUAAUUUGAAGUUCUAAUUAAUGGUUUGUCAUGACCCUGCAGAAAUCCCAAGGUUUAUAGUCAGUUCACCCUCAGUGUAUUCAUUAUAAUUGCUACAAUUACACUCAAAGCGACCAAAGAUACCUAGAUUAAGACAAACAAACAAACAUACCCAACGACAAUUUAUUUGAAAAUUUCACAUCAUCUAGUCACAGCUCCAUCGUGCCAUACUCUUGUUAAAAUAUGUUCAAAAAGUAAAAAAUAAAAGUAUUUUGUAA